AUGAUGGAGCGACUUCCCCCAGAAUUGCAAAGCCUGGUCAUUGACAACCUUGUGCAAACAGGCUACGAGAUAUUUGGGCACCAAACAACGUCCUUCAAGACAUGCUCAGACAUGUAUAAUCUCUCACUCACAAACCGUUACAACCAUAGUCGCACAACACCCGAACUCAAAGAACUCCUGAAAUUUGUAAUAUUAGACGGCAUCAGCGUUCCUCCUUGGCACCAACAAAGCCUCUGCGAAGACGAUGAGCUCAUAAAGCAAGCAGUUCUCGAAAUCUAUUUUAGCCAGAUCAUGAGCUUAGAGCCUAGAUUUCGCGGCUGGGCUGUAAGACAGACGGCGCCGCAUUCUCCGUACUGCUUCAAGAUUGAUCGAAAAGGGUCGCUGAUUACGAGAAUGUUCAAGCGCUACUUUGAGAAGGCGCCCUGUAUUCUGCCAGAGGACUUGCCAGUGCGUUUUGAGAGGAAAGAAGCCGCACCGUUGCUGGGCAUGUUGAAGGGAAUGAAUGAGGAGGUGGUGCAGUUGAAAUGGUACAGAAUGACAGGGGAGAUUGAGAUAAGUGCGACUAAGACUGAGGAACGAGGGUGA